CAAAAAAAUUUUGGAAGAUGAAUCCCUUCGAACCAUACCAGAAAUUCACAUAAUUAUAUUUGGACGAAGCUUCAAUACUGCAAAUUGAGUGACCAAUUUCCAAAAGCCUUCAUGAAAUAAGAAAUGAUCAUCAGCAACACUAUUUCGCCUACAAAACCUAAACAAAAUCAACCGUCAUCACCUAGAGAUUUUUUUCGAAAAAUUUAUGGAGACUUGGACCAAAAGAUCGAUAAAAAUGAGGUUUCAUCUGGAACAAGAACUGACAAACAAGAAAGUGAUCUUAUCACACCUAUUCCUAUUCUAGCGAAUCCUUUGCCAUUCAUUCUACCUCACGGAAGUGAGUCGCAGUUUGCUGCAGCUGCAGCUGGAUUGUCAGCAUUUCUGGCAAGAAGGCGCCGAAAGGAAGGAAGACCAAGGAGACAAAGGACAACUUUUAGUAGCGAGCAGACUCUGAGACUAGAAAUAGAGUAUCAGCGAUCAGAAUACAUCAGCAGAGGACGAAGGUGCGAACUAGCGGAAUCUUUAAGGCUUUCUGAAACGCAAAUCAAAAUAUGGUUCCAGAACAGAAGAGCGAAAGAUAAAAGGAUAGAGAAGGCUCAUAUAGAUCAUCAUUACAGAAAAUUAUUGGGAACAUUUCCUGGUAGUCUUUGCCCAGUUUGUUUGGAAGGACCAUGUAUUCACGUCCCUUCGCUUUUACAAUCACAAUAUACACCAUCUCAGCCGAACACGUCUUCUGAAGAUUAUAAUAGUAAUGACAAUGAUAUAGAUGUAAUGUAAACCAAACCCGAAGAGUUAUUGUUGGUUAAGUGUUAUAAUUAUUACACA